CUCGCGCCAAGGAUGGGUGGGGGGAGUUGGAGGCGCGCGGGGACGCGAGAGAGGAAGAAGAAGAAAAAAAAAAAAAAAAAAAACCUCAACCAUCAUCAACGCGCUGGCGGUGCGGGGUCACGAACUAUGACCUUUAACAGAAGAAAACCAAAACAAUUAUUUUAUAAAAUAGCAGACAGCUCGAAAUCUGUGACCACCGUUUCCCGGAGACCUCACUAAUGACCUUACAUCAUCAUGACGGCCAACCUGAAUCUGCUCUCUCAGCAGAAAGUGGACUCUGAGCACGAGGCAGAGGUGUCAUCCUCUCCUUCAGACUCAGUGAUGAGUGAGUCUCCGCAGCGCUUUCAGGUCAUCUCCACUGAGCCGGCCGCAACACCACAGCGAAUACAGAUUGUAACUGACCAGCAGACAGGUCAGAAGAUCCAGAUAGUGACAGCGAUGAAGCCGUCCAGUGCUCCCAAACAGCAGUUCAUUCUGACUACGGCUGACAGCUCAGGGGCAGGCAAGGUCAUCCUGGCCUCACCAGACAGCCACAACACUAAGCAGCUCAUCUUCACUGCUGCAGACAGCCUGAUGCCAGGAAGGAUACAGAUCGUCACAGAUCCAGUGUCAAUGGAGCGGUUGUUAGGACAGUCAGGGGACCUGAGCCGACCGCAGCCGGUGGAGUACUGCGUGGUGUGUGGGGACAAGGCUUCAGGGCGUCACUAUGGAGCGGUCAGUUGUGAGGGAUGCAAAGGCUUCUUUAAGCGGAGCGUAAGGAAGAAUCUGACCUACAGCUGCCGCAGUAAACAGGACUGCGUCAUCAACAAACACCACCGCAAUCGCUGCCAGUUCUGUCGGUUGAGGAAAUGCCUUAACAUGGGGAUGAAGACUGACUCUGUGCAAAGUGAGAGAAAGCCCAUCGAUGUAGUGCCCAGAGAGAAGCAUGCCAACUGUGCUGCCUCCACCCAAAAGAUUUACAUUCGCAAGGACCUGAACAGUCCGCUCAUUGCUACGCCAACCUUUAUCUCUGAUACAGAGACCGAUGGCUCCAGAUCCAGCCUGCUGGACCAGGGCAUGCUGGUUAAUAUCCAGCAGCCGGUCAUCCAGAGUGAUGGAACUUUGCUGCUGGCCACUGACUCAAAGAUGGAGUCUGGGCAGGGGGACUUGGGGACACUUGCCAAUGUGGUGACUUCACUGGCCAACCUGAGUGACUCACUGAGAGAGAAUCUAAACAAUGGUGAUACCUCAGACAGCCAACAAGAGGAGCAAUCUGCCAGCGAGAUAACACGUGCCUUUGACACCCUGGCCAAGGUUUUCCACCCACCUGAAGUAGGGGUCGGACAGAGUCUGGCAGAAAAGCCGCAUUGUGUUGGUGGAACAACCAUCCAGCUGAUUGGUCGAGACCAGGAGACGCCAAUCAUUGAGGUGGAAGGACCACUGCUCACAGACAGCCAUGUCGGCUUUAAGCUGACCAUGCCCAGCCCCAUGCCUGAGUAUCUGAACGUACACUACAUCUGUGAGUCAGCAUCCAGGCUUCUCUUUCUCUCCAUGCACUGGGCGCGCUCCAUCCCUGCCUUCUCGGCUCUUGGUCAGGAGGCGAACACCAGUUUGGUGCGAGCUUGCUGGAAUGAGCUGUUCACUCUGGGUCUCUCUCAGUGCGCUCAUGUGAUGAACCUGUCGACCAUCCUCGCUGCCAUCAUCAACCACCUUCAAAGCAGCAUCCAGGAUGACAAGCUGUCGGGGGAGCGGGUGAAGCAGGUGAUGGAGCACAUUUGGAAGUUCCAGGAGUUCUGUAACAGCAUGACGAGGCUGGAGACUGACAGCUACGAAUACGCCUACCUGAAAGCUAUAGUGUUGUUCAGCCCUGAUCACCCCGGUGUGGAGAGUGGUGGGCAGAUUGAGAAGUUCCAGGAGAAAGCCUUGAUGGAGCUGCAGGACUACGUGCAGAAAACUUACCCAGAUGACACCUACAGGUUGACCCGUAUCCUGACUCGUCUCCCAGCCCUGCGCCUCAUGAACUCGAGCAUCACAGAGGAGCUCUUCUUCACUGGCUUGAUAGGUAACGUCUCUAUUGACAGCAUCAUUCCAUACAUCCUCAAGAUGGAGACGGCUGAGUAUAACAGCCAGGACUCAGACACUGUAGAGUGACACGUCAUCACUCCAGCCCCGAGAACUGUCGAAUAAAGAUUAGCGAGUCUCCACAUCAGGUACUCUUUUUUUUUUUUUUUGUCUGUUGUGGGGUUUACCAUUAAACCCCAGUGAGAAAUUUACAGCGGCCCUUUGUCUCCUAACGAUGCACGGCGCAGUCAUUCAGGAAUCCACGGUCUGUUAAGAUUAUCUGGGACUGGAAAACCAGGAUGACGCUUGGAGUGUUUGAUGGAGCUGACACAGUGCGCUAAUCUUAAAUUUCUGGAUCUAAACUCAGAAUGGAAAAGGAAUCCUCUGCAGCGGCGACUGUGCUCAUCUCCUUUAACGUCUUUAUGGCACUUCAAGCUAAUUACAUACGAACUUUGACCGAAGCCUUUCACAUUAUUUUAGUCUUAUCUAAGCCUUACCAUGCUGUCAUGUUGAUCACAUGCAUAAGUUAGCUUUAGCUUACAGAUAACACAUGGGCUGUAUCAGUGAGCUUAAACUUAAAACUUACAUGUGGAAGUGGAAUUUCACCCAUUUAAGAACCUAAAUACUAAAGUAAAUCUGAGUACUUACUUUAGACUUUGAAGCUGUAAAGUUUAUGUUGGUAUUUGGAAAUAAGGUGCAGUAUUGUGCUAUGAGCUCACUGUGCUGUUAAAUUGAGAAUUCAGACCUUUCUAAACAUAUUGAAGCAUGCUUUGUAAUAAUUUUGUCUCUUUUAAUUUUGAAAUUUACACCAUUUACUAAAAGGUGUGAGACAUUAAUGUACAGUUCUUUACUCUAAAUACAUUUUAAAUAAUAGUUGGAAUGAAAACUCCAAUCAGGUACAAAAACUAACUCAAACCUCAAUUAAUUAAUCCAUAAUCUAUAUUCAUAUGCUUUCAUGACAUUUAUAUACCACACAGUGCAUUACAACAUGACCAAUGUCUGAUUUUAAGUAAUUCCUCUUUUAACUUUCAUUCACAAUGUCGCGUUCGCCAAAUUAGCCAGUUAAACUGACCGUAUGUCUUUUUUUUAUUCUGAACGACGCCUCAGAGAUUUUAGCUUUGAGGGUGUUUUUCUGUUUAGGUGCAAUUAUAUCUGGAUUAUCAUGAAUAUGUUGCUAAUAUAACCUGUGCAAUCACCUCAUCACUUUUCCCUUUACGACAAUCAAUGAAAUGAUACUUCCUUCUGUCCCAUCAGUGAGUGUCAUGACACUUUUCAAUCUGCAUUUUGUAUGUGUAUUUAUUAAUGGAAGCUAUUAUUUUUUUGGAAUAAGAUUGUCUUUAAGAUUUUGGGUUCAAAAAUGUUACUUAUGUGUAGCUAUGCUACUGUUUUUGUACUUGUUUUUGCGUUUGUACUCUGCUAAAUGCACAUCAAUCAGCUUUUGUGGCGUUCCACUGUGUUCAUGCUGACUAAACUUUUGUUUAUGUUUUCUAAAAACUUUCAUUUGUUGUCAAAAAACUUGCUUGUUGCAUACUAAGUGUACUUACAGUACUUUUGGGCAGGUUUCCCUGAUUUAAUAAGAAAAAAGAUUUUGUGGGAAGCCAGUGUCGAGUGUGUCGAUGUCUUAAAGACGACAUGAAGACAUUGGCUGUCCCGUGUUUAUGAUGGUUCAGAAAACGCAUCCACAGCAUCAUGAAUGAUAACGGGAAUGUAAAGAAAUCAACAAGGAUUAUGUCUUGUAAAAUAAAUGUCAAUUGUAAUAUUUGGGGUUUAAAACUCUGAUCGACUGUUUGUAAAGGCACUGUUGUGAAAUGACCUUUAUACAUGUAGUUUCAUUAAAAUGAGUGCAUGUUGUUUUUAAGCUGGGUUUUAUAAUCUUGUGGCUGUCUGCCCUAAUAAGGAGCAUUGUUAUAAAUUUUAUAGUGCAUUGCAGUGCAUGAAGAAGUUGCUUAAGUGCAUUUUAUUAAAUGCUGUAUAAAAAAAAAUGUUAAUUUAAAUGUUGUGGCUUUAAAAUAUUCACCAUGAGCAGCUCCCACAUUAACAGGUAUUAUAAUGGAUUUUUUUUUCAGCUCUGUGGUUUGAGUAUCUUAUGGUUAAACUUUUAUACUCUGUAACUGUACUUUGUUUUUCUGCUCAUGUAAAAGGUAUUUCUUCAACACUGAGAUCGAAAAACAUUCAUGUUUUGCUCAAGUUUGUCACAACCCCACAUUUCUACCUCACACCAAUGAAGAUAUAAAACAAAUGUAUUAAUGACUGAGCUCAUGUAUCAGCAUUCCAGUCUCUGAGGCUGACCUCUCUGAAGCCACACCCUAUAAAAUAAAUAAACAAUCAAUUAUGAAA